AUGCCAGACUGUCAGAUUGAGGAUGGAGCAAGCCCUUCUGCAAAGCUCAAAAAUUUAACAGAGAACAUAUCAAAUAAUUAUCAAUCCUUAAGACAGAUUGCAGACCAACAUGCUUUGGACAGUUUCUUUGCUGCAAAAAGAGCUUUUGAUAAGCUUGUAGAAACUAGGAAAAAGAAGAUAGAGGACAAACUUAUCUCUAUUGAGGUUCGAAAGGAAGUUGAAAUCUUUGCUAAGAAAGAAACAUUCACAAAGGAAGCCAUUGCUGAAGCUAGAGCAAAGCAUGCUGCUCAACAGGCUGGAACAUCUAGUACUCCAACCGGCACCUCUACUGAGGAAUAUGACAAGGAUGAUGAACCCGUAAAUCUUAAGGGUGGAGAUUUUCUAGAAGGUAUUAAACCUACUGAUUUUAAGCUUGAUGACAUUGUGUUAGAUGACCAAUCGGUGAACACACAAACUGAACUGGUAUUUAUUCCUGAUGAUGAUAAUGGUGAUAAUGUUGAUAAUACUAGUGAUAAUAUAGAUGUGUAUGAUGUAGAUGUUCAGAUGUCUGAACAACAUGAGAAGAAUCAAGAACAUGAAGGAAAGAGAGAUGAAGAAGAAAAGAAGGAUGAGGAGCCAUUGGUAGAUAAUCAGACUGUAGAUACUCAAACACCAUUGAUAGACCUGGAGAAUAAGUUUCACAAUUUGACCAAGGAUACAAAUUCAGGGAAAAAGAGUGCGGAGGUGGAAUCCAGUGAAGCUGAGGAUGAAAUUGAAAUGCAGGAUUGGUCGAAAAAAGAUCUUAUAAAAGGGGAUUUGAGACAUCUGGAGGAUGUGAUUAGAAUUGUUAAAGAAAAGACUAAGGAGGAUAACGAGAUCAUCAUCAAUCGAAUUGCUAAAAUCGAGAAGGCACUGAAAAACUUCAUGAACCACAGUCUCGAAGUCUUGAGAAUCUCGUCCCAAAAUAUGAAUGCCUUGGUGGAUCACUUAGAGAGGAAAAGUCAGAAUACAGAUAUGGCAAUCAUUGAUGAUAUACCGACCUCCAGCUCUACUCAUCAAAUCUUCAAGCGAAGGACCAGGCAGACAAUCAAUGAUAUGGAGACAAAAAUGAAAGACCUUCAGCUAAAACAGGAGAAUAACGAUCUGAGAGAAGCCGCUAAGGCCAUGAUGUUUAUAGAAUUCAAAACUGGGUUCGUAGGUGGAGGAGGAGGUGGUGGAGCUGCACCACCUCCCCCACCAGACGACAUGUCAGUUGAUGUGGCACUGAAAAAGACAACUAUAAUAUGGACAGCAACAGAAAUAGCAUUCGAUUCACUAGCCAUACCCGUGUAA